GGGAUAUACAAACUCGCAAACAACUACUACCUGACUAGUUUUAGUGCAAACCGUACCGAAUGAACAAAAAUCGAGCGUUAAGAAAUCAACUGGUUUAUACUAGCUCGUGAAAAGGAUAUUGGAUACUAAAAUAUAGGAUUUUAGACUCGGCGAGAUUUUCAAGCAUUGCGUUACCCUUACGGAUGUACUCGGAGCGUUUAAAAGAUCUGGAAUUUAGAUUACUGCAAGAGGAGUCUGUACGUAAGGAGUCUUCAAAUGAGAGGGAAGUUGAAAACUGUCCCGAAUCUGUGGAUGAAAAGCCAGUCGUUCCUGAGAGUAGUAGGUUUUUGGUAUUAAAAUAGUUGUAGACUUAAGUCCAGCUUUGGCUGGAAUAGGUAUUGGGGUUGCCAGCAUGUUUUUAGAGGUUCUAUUAUCACAUCCGUUCAUUGUAAUUCGAAAUCAGUGUCAAGUAAUGGGAUCAACUCAAAGCCUUCACCUAACCCCUUUCACCCUUAUUCCUGUUGUUGGAAAAUGCAUACAGUCCCAAAGCCUGUCAUUUUUUUGGAAGGGUCUGGGGAGUGUGUUUUUUAUCCGUGGGUUAGGCCUCAUGACUGAGAAUCUCGUUUGCAAUUACACAUCAUUACCUAAGGAGGUCUCUAAAUCAACACCAUUUAGACGUCACUUGGGUCAUCUUCUCCUGAAAGUAUGCUCAUGGGUGAUAAUCACCCCAUUUUACGCAGCAAGUAUUGUUGAAAUCGUCCAAUCUGAUAAAGCUUCUGAACCAACUACCCUCUUCUCUUAUGUACGUGAUGGUUUCUAUCGCUUGCUUCACAUGCCAUCGUCCCCAAGAUUAGGCUCGCCAGGUUCGAUGUUUCGCAGUGGUCAUACUAUCCGAAGCAUUCCGAUCGCAACAUCACGUUUGUUACCUGUUUGGCGUCUCAUUCCUCCUGUCGUUUUACUAAAUAUCGGUCAUUAUGUUGUUCGGUCGUAUGUAAGCUUUGCAGCUUUGUCUAACUGGAAUACCAAUGAGGAUCGUCUUGAACGGGAUGCGGAAAUGGACUUCAAUUAUAAGACUGCAGGUAUGAACCGGAAUAAGUAUUCUCCUGGAUUUCCUACUCAUUAUGCACCACCGAGCACAAAUACAUCUAUUAAUGAGCUUCAUGCAACGGAUUUGGCUACUGUAGUCUACCAACGUCAGGAUACUGCAUUACAGGCUAUUUAUCAUCGUUAUUAUACGGAGUUGUUCACUGGGAUGGCAACUAAUUUUAUUGCAGAUGUUAUACUUUAUCCAGUAGAAACCUUAGUACUGCGCUUGUGUAUACAGGGCACUCGUACUCUGGUUGAUAGUAUGGAUACGGGUGAUGUUGUUGUUCCCAUUGUUUCUUCAUAUGAUGGAUUUUUUGAUGCACUUCGUUCUAGUUUGGACUCGCCUGUUGGGAUUUUGGGUCUUUAUAAAGGUUUUGGUGCUCUUAUAGCUCAAUACACCCUACAAGCACUAUUUAUUUAUGGGAUCCGUUGUUUAUAUGAACAUCUUCUCUGCCUUUGGGCUCCUCCAUUUACUGAUAACAAAAUUCACUCAAGACCAAACUCCAGACCAAAUGUAUCUACCGCAUUUGAGGGUAUGGAGUCAGGUGCUGUUGGUGACUGUUUAUCUUCUGUUAAUAACUGGUAACGUCAUAUACGUUAUUGUUGUGUUAAUUUUGAUAAGUAAAGUUCGUCAUCGUUGUACAGUCUCAUUAUUACACAUCAUGUUUACAUACUAACUUUAUCUAAUGCUCAUUUUUUUCCAUUUGCAUCAUUUCUUGAAAACUAUCUAGGCUAGAAUUAACUUGGACUUAAUUAAAAAAUAAAGACUUUCAAUAAUGACAAAGACUCGGUUUUACCUCUUGAAUAAAAGGAAAGGAUAAAAUUUUCAACUGUUAUUUUUCACUAAUCAUAUGUAAAUUGAUUUUUGAGAAUCAUCUGAUAAUUCAUUUCUAGUUUUUCAUUAAUACUAAACUAUGUUCAUGUGAAAUUAUUGUGUAUUUGCUUUUUUCGUUACUGGUUUAAGUUAUUCGAAAAGUGAGAAGAAUUUAAUUUUCAUUGUUGCUCUUCUAAAUUAUUGGGUCAUACUUAGCUAUUCAUUUCAAUAAAAUAGCGAACGUAGCAUAUCGUGUUAAUGAAAAAUAGCUAGUGAAGAAGCAGUUCAACGGAACGAUUGGUAAGAAAAUUUUCUUCGCUGAGUUGUCAUAUAUAUAUAUAUAUAUAUAUAUAUAUA